AUGGAGCAAUUACAUGCUGAGAAUGCCCAGUUGGCACAGCAGUUGGCUCUCCUGGCUGGUCAGAUAGCUCAGCUGCAGGGGCCUGCUAUCCCCCCACCACCACGGAGGAAAUGUCUGGUGGCUGUGCCAGACAAAUUUGACAGCAGACAAGCCAUGUUUCCAGCUUUCUUGGGACAAUGCCAGCUGUUUAUCAGUUUGAGAGCAGAGGAUUUUCUCACCGACUGGGCUAAGUACGUCUUCCAGCUGCACGGCCUACCCGACCAGGUUCUGCCGGACCAUGUGGACUCCUCAGUCCCCGCAGCGCAGGACUUCCUCUCUGAGCUCCAGGCAGUCCACCAAGUGGUGUGCCGCUAUUUGAAUCAAGCAAAGGAGGACUACAAGAGAGUGGCGAAUAUGUCUCAGCGUGCGGUGCCAGAGUUGGCUGAGGCUGUAAUGAUGUUUUUCUUUUUUAUACAGGCAGCCCAUUGUGUGCUCGCCCAAAACCCAAAUAACCAAGAAUUGGCACGUUUCUACUGUCACACCCAAAACAACAUCAGCCGGCGGCUCGUCUUGAGACAAACGCCGCCAUCAGCGUUGGACUGUCGUGCAGUGCCUGAACUGUGGCCUAAGCAAGCGUUUCCUCAGUAAGCCUGACUACAAGUUGUGGUCAGAGCAGCCUGAGGCGUUGUUGGAGAACCAGACGCCAGCCGCUGCAGGCACCAAAGGCCAGACCCCCAAUCCAGCACAAGGGCCACACAAGGCCUCCCAAAUGGGAAAGGCAACAGUCCCAACUUCCAGUCCGUGCAGCCAUCUUGCCUCUGAGGAGAUCACAGCGGGCACCCAAUCAAUAGCAGCAAAGAAUGGGAAGUGACAUCUGCCUUGGGAUUAUUCCAUUUCCAGAUAGGCCAGGCGGCUAUUGCCCAGAAGUGAAUCUCCUGCCUUGGAUGGAAGAAGCCAGCAAGAUGACGUUCAGUACAAAGGAAGUCAAAAAAUAUACUUUCCAAAAGUUCAACUUGCUACUUGAAGAACUUCAAUGAGUUGGUGAUCUUAAUCUCAGGAUAAAGUUGGCAUCCUUGCUGUUCAAAUCCCUUGGGUGUUUUAUUUAUAUUUUAUUUUUUAUUUUUAACAUGGCUGUUUUUGACAUGUUAAUUGUUUCAUAUAUUUUUUUGCUGUACAAUGCUGAAGUCGCUUCUGGUGAGAUGAGCAGCCACACAUAAUUUAAUAAAUAAAUAUACAGUCUGUACAACUAGAGAGCAGAAGAGCAGCCUGCCCCAAAAAACUCUUGAAAGUUUCUUCAGUGUAUCUUAUUUGUGUUUCAUUUGUUUGUUAAAUGUAUUUGUUGCCUAUUUCACUGUGGGGCUAUUCCACCAUCGCUGGCUAAGAAUGUGCCCCCUUUUCCACCUCUGUGACCAGAGGAAUGCCUCUUUUCCAAUACUGCUGGUUGCAACUUCGGUUUCUGCCACUCUUUAGCUAGGUGUAUGUCGGAUCUGAAGCACCGCUGAUGUUCCGGUCAGAAGAACUUAGGGAAAAGGCAACAAUGGAAAGAAAGUUUCAGUCUCAUAUCACUUUUGCGUACCAGAUAAAUACAGGAAACUGGAAAUAAAUUUGUUUUUAAAACA